GUUACAUUUACAUUGUUCCUGCAUCAAACCUGUGAAAAGGCAUUGAAUGGUAUAUAUCUAUUGACAUCUGUUGGAGUGAUAGUGAUAAUUAAAGGCUUCAAUAACAUGUAAUAAGUUUGUGUGGAUUGUAAGCAUUUGUUGAUCAAUUAUGGUCAGAUAGGUGGAUUAUUAGAUCUUGGAGACAAAUAUCGCUGUGGAGAUUUGAAAUCUUAUCUAGUUUUCAAAGAAUGGCUAUUGCGGGUUUACAUAAUGCAUCAUCUUUUCGUUCUUCUUUCUUUGGAGAGUCUCAGUCUCCACUGUCGAAUCAGUGGGGUGAGCACCAAGAUAGGCCUAGCCCACGUUCAUCUUCUCUGUUUCAAAUAUGGCAAGAGCUUGAGAGUGAGCAGGGGGUGAAUCUUCCUCGUGAAACAAGGCAGCAGAGUGGUGAUGGUUCAAAUUCUGACCCAUCAGGCACUUUCACGUUGGAUAGGCAAGGGAGUGAUAAUGGGAACCUCACUUUUGAAGCUUCCAGCGAGAUUGAGAAUCAAGGUCGGAUAGGAUCAGAAAAUGAGCAAGAGGAUAGUAGCAGUACUAUUAUUGAACAAUCUACUGAUUUGGGAGAAGUUGAGCGUGAAAGAGUGAGGCAAAUUUUUCGUGAAUGGAUGAAAGGUGGUGCUAAGAGUCAUACAUCUAAUGGUCUGCAUAGCAUGUCCAGGCCACAAUGGCUUGGUGAGAAUGAGUGUGAAAGGGUGAGAACCGUUAGAGAAUGGGUUCAAAUGAAUACCCAACAGAGAAGCAGUUGUCACUCACAUAUAGAUGCAGUCGGUGAAGUUGGUUUACAGAUUGAACGCGAUGGUUUGGUGGCCACCCUUGGUGGACGAAGGCCUAAUCGAAGAUUAUGUGGCAGACAGACUCUUCUUGAUCUUUUGCAGAGGGCUCAAAUUGAAAGGAAAAGAGAACUACUGAAAUUGUCUGAGUGGAAGAAAGUUACAAAAUUUGCUCAUCGUAAUCCCAUUCAGGCGAUUCUUAGAGGUAGUUUCCUUCAAAAUCAAAGAUUAAUCCAGGAUACGAGACCAUCAUCUGUUGCUGCCAUUGAAUUGGGUUUGCUAAGGCAAAGACCUACAGUAUCUGAUCUAAGGGAAGGAUUCCUCUCCAAAUUUGAUAAUUCUCCUCGUACCGAGGUGAAUAGCUCUCAGUUUGAUGUGCAUUUUAAUGAUGUUAGUAGUGGCCAAAGAGAUGAGCGAUUUCAAUCACACAGUGAGAGUGAGGUCACGGAUGAAGGCAUGAGUCAGCAGGAAUCUAGUGUACAAAUUGCUGAAGUAGAGGAGCCUGUUUUAGACAGUGAAGAAAAUAUCCGAGAAGUGUCAUCCAACAUUGAACGUAUUAGAGAGAAUGAUGUCACUAGAACAUGGGAGGAUAAUGCUGAUGAACAGUCGUGUCAAGCUGAUGCUAUUGAUGGCAAUGGACAUGGAGAAGUAUUUCAUGAACACAAUGAACGUAGAAGUGAGGCUAGUUAUGUGAAUGAGUUAGUUGGCAAUACAUGUAAUAUGGAACAGAACGCAAAUGGAGAAUACGUCACUGGGCACCUGGAAUUCGAUUGGCAAGAUGCUUCAGUUCAAGGAGAUGAGUUGCAAGAGUCGGCAAUUGAAUUUGAAGAAAGUGAGUGGCAACAGGUAACCAAUGGUGCAGUUAGUGACUGGAUGAACCGUAGUGAAGAAGGCGUGGGCGGAAGUUGGGAAGCAAGCACCGCUAAUCGGUGGUUUCAGGGAACUUCUGGUAUUGAAGUUGUGGAGCCAGAUCAGAUACAAGAAUCGCAGGGGAACUGGCAAGGACAAGAUUUGCAAGAGGCUAUUGAUAGUUGGGUAGACAUGCCUUCUGGAGAGGAAGGUUCUAUUCCGAGAAUUGGUUCAUUUAAUUUCCCCGAAGAUGAAAAUGUUUACAGCAUGGAACUUAGGGAGCUUUUCAGCAGGAGACGUGUCUCUAGUCUUCUUCGAAGUGGUUUUCGCGAGAGUCUCGAUCAGGUGUUGCAAUCCCAUGUGGAAAGGCUAGGUCAUGCUUCUAGUGACUGGGAGCUAGAUGAUAUAUCUCCGCACUUAACCAAUCUAGACCAGGGACAGCUGAAUGGUGAUCAAAAUGCAGCUCAAUCGGAUGGUGCUGAAGAAAAUUCAUUUAUUUCCUCAUCAUCACUUGUCUAUGCUUCUCAGCCCCUUUGGGAUGAAGAGUUCGGUGGUGCAAAUAGGCCACUAAAUUCUCAUCAAUACUUUGGAAUUGGCUGGGAGGUGAUCAAUGAGUUGAGGAUCGAUGUGGCUAGGAUUCAACAGAAGAUGAACAACAUGCAGAGAAUGCUGGAGUCGUGCAUGGACAUGCAAAUUGAGUUGCAGCGUUCAAUGCGGCAAGAGCUUUCUGCAGCUUUAAAUCGAUCGGUUGUUUCAACAGAUACAUGUUGGGGUAAUAAGCCCAGGGACGAAUCUCGAUGGGAUCAUGUGAUGAAAGGAAUAUGUUGCAUAUGUUGUGAUAGUAAAAUAGAUUCCUUGCUAUACAGGUGCGGGCACAUGUGCAGCUGUUCAAAAUGUGCAGAUAACUUGGUCCAAGAGAAGGGGAACUGUCCAAUGUGUGAUGCGCCAGUAGUUGAGGCAAUCCAAGCCUACUUCGUACAGUAAUGGAAGAGGAAAUAUAGAUGGCAGAAUGUGUGAAAAGAGAGCGAGGAAUAAAUAGGUAUGGAAAAGGUAUGAAAAGAGUGUGAAGACAGAAGUUGAAAUAAGCCGGUUGCUAUAUAGAUACAGAUACUCCAGGUAAACUUUAUCUCCCAAGCAGUACUGUAGCGACUCAGGCCUGUGCCAAUCUUAUCCCUUACGGAUUUCUUUCACGUCCUCUGGUAUUCAAACUUAAGAUCACUUAGUGAUUUAAGUUGAAAUUUUAGUACCGUUUGAACAAGUACCAGGGGGUGGGAGGUAAAAUAGGCACAUGCAUGGGUUGUCACAAAUACGUAUUCUCGAAAGUACUACUACUUUAUCACGAGUAUUACUUUCCAAUGAUUUCGAUCUUGAGUUAGAUGAAUGUGUUUUACAUGACAGGUAGCAACCUGAAAUAUUCUUAAAAUUGGAAUAAGUUACUAUCGAUGGCAUGAACAGAUGGCUUAUUAAAUUUUGCAACUGCUGAUUCGUGCAUUGUUGAGUGUAAGAUUUGGUUCUCUCAAGCUUUGGUUGGCAGAUUCUCUUUUGAUGAGGGGCACCAUUGUCAACGCUUCUUGAUUCUCUAUUUUCUUGUGAAUCAUUUUUUUGACUGUUAUUUUGGCUGAGGUUCUUGCAAGAGAACUGAACUUCUUGCAUUGUAUAAACUAUAAAUUAAGCUUCAAGUUUGGAAUAUUUAUUAUUAUCUAAGUUAAUUAUUUUCGAAUAAUUUGGUAUGA